CCAAAGUGGCAGCUUCCUUUUUUCUUAUUAAGGAGGAGCCUCAGAUCAUCUGAAAACAGGGCAAAUAUGUAAAGGCAGUAAAAUGCUGGGACUGACAACACACUGAAGAUGAAGUUUUCCUUUGUCUUUCUUCUUUUAUUAGAUAUCCCUCAUCUAAAAGGGCAACAGAAGAUUGAGGAGUAUGAACACAUUUUGCUGAAACUCCCCUUUCCUUCCUUUUACAACAGCCAUAGCAAGUCCUGUUGUAAGCUCUAUCCAGGGGGUUGUUUCAAACUACUGGAUAGCACAGGAUACAUCUGCAGCUUUCUGAAAGGAAGAGUGACAAAAGCCGAAAGUGACGGCUGGAUUGAAUUCAAAAUAUCAAAUGUGCAGUUUCAGGAUGGUGGAUUCUACAGAUGCAGUGUACUGGGAACCCCAGCACCCAUCUACAGCGACUACUAUGUAGAGAUAGCAGAAGCUACAAAUCCUCGCACUUCUUCUCAGCCUGCGCUGACAACAACCAUCAAAGCCCUGAAAUCCUCCACAGCACUUCCCACAGACUCCACUGGCCCUGUUCUGACACAUGACCACAGUGACAGUCCCGGGUCCCUCUGGGGUUUUGGUCUGCCUCUAACUGUCAUUGUGUCCAUCAUGAUGAUGAUUUUGAUCACCGUGGUUAUUGGUGUUGUCUGCUUCAGAGUGAAGGCUAGAGCAAAAUCUGCACAGGCAGACAAACAAGGAGAAUUUCAGCAUGAGUCACUGAAACAAGACGCCCCGGAAAUGAGUGGCGUAGUCUACACGACGGUGGACUUCAGGGCUCAUCAGAAACAUGCAGAGCUGUAUGCAAACCUGGGGAUGCCAAAAACACGAGCAGGAUCCCCACACACAGAACAUGCUGAGAUGGUGGAGUACUCCACACUGGCAAUCCACCAGUGAAUUUCUCUGAGAGUCUAGUUAGUGCUUGACUUUUUUUUCUGGGACUGUUUUUAUUUGUGCAUUUUUAUGCUGACUUUAAAUUAAGACAUUUCUUCUAAUCUGAUCGAUUUGAAAGCUUUCCUCAAGCAUUAUAUCCACAUGAAAGAUUUGGUUCCAACGUGGUCAGUAAUAAACACGCCCAUGUAUGAGUUUAUGUAUAUAUGUCAUUUCAGUAGUUAUAGUUAUGUUUUUUCAAGAGCUUGAACCCCAAAAGGUUGAAAUUCUAAAGAUUAGAAAUCACUCUUAAAUAUUUCCUUGGCAUGAGCUUUUUGUCUAAAUGAUUGAAGGAAUAACAAUUAAACAAUUAAAGAUC